UUUCCUCCGCUACGAGCGACAUAUUUCAUAAACAGAAUGACAAAAGGUAUCUUAAUAUAAAAGCAAAUGUUUAUUGUGUCGAAAUUGGAGAAGAUAGAUGAAUAGCUUGUAAUCUCCAGCUGAUUUUAGGUGCUGAAGAAUAUUCGACAUCAAACUGGCAACAUUAAUGGGAUUUUACGACAUUUUACCUCUCUUUUCCGUAACAAGUGAACUGUAUUGGGAACUCGCGAAAUUCAAGGAAGAAUCGAGUGUUCUGUCUGCUAAUUACUACAGCUGUAGUUACUCUUCUAGUGCUGAAAAUUUAAAGGAAUGCUGCAGGAUGUUGGAUGAAUCUGACAUGCAGGAAUGCAUUCUGUCACGUGGUGAGAAUGCAAAGUACCAAAAGAUCGAUUCUAAUUCACCCAGUGACAAACAAGAGCGAACUACUCUGAAAGUAUUUCUUAGCAAUGGGAAUUCUAAUAUUGUCAAGUUUGGUGAAACUACUGCUGUAAAGGAUGUUAUAGAUGUUGUUACGAAGCGUCUUUCUGAAACGCCCCGUCCAUAUGAAUCAGUAUUUGGUAUUCGACUUUCACAUACUCCUUCCAAUGAGUUGUACUGGCUGCAUUCAGAGGCUGGGAUGUACCAAAUCCUUGAAAAGUAUUCGUAUUAUCCAAUUGAUGAAUGGAGGUUUGAACUGCGUGUUAGAUUUGUUCCUAAAGAUUUAAGAGAUAUGUAUGAAAAAGAUAAAGCGACAUUUUUGUAUUUUUACGAGCAAGUUAAAAAUGAUUAUUUGAAGAUCAAUAACAAUAUAGAUCAAGAUUUAGCUAUUCACUUAUGCUGUAUAGAAAUCAGGCGAUUUUUUAAAGAUAUGACCCACGUAGCUUUGGACAAAAAGUCUAAUUUUGAGUUCCUAGAAAAAGACGUUGGAUUACACAAGUUCCUUCCGUCACCUGUGAUAACUAAUAAUAAACCAAAAGCACUUCGCAAAAUGAUCCAAAAUCAAUUUAAGAGGUUUGCUUCUUUGUCAGAAGUUGAUUGCAUGUUCAUGUUUCUUGAUAUGGUUCAUCCUGUUGUGAAAUAUGAUAGAGAAACUUUCAAGUGUGCUUUAGGGACAGGUUGGAGUGUUCCAGUAGAGCUUAUUGUCAGCGCUGAUGCAGGAAUAAGUUUCCUUACAGAUCCUAAUGCUGCUCCAACACAUGUUGCUAGCUUCCAAAAAGUGCAGAGCAUAAAUACUGUGAUAACAUCUGAUACAAGCUCUGGAAGUAAGCCAGUUCUGCAGUUGAAGGUUGAUGGUGCUGCAGAGUUACUGAGUAUUACUUGUCCUUCUUCUAAUGUUGCCGAAUGUAUAGCAAGUCUUAUUGAUGGAUAUUGUCGCUUAGUUCAUGGAACAAGGACUUCAUUCUGGAAUUACUCGGAAUUAAAGAUUUCAAAAGCAAGCAGACAUGGAAGUUUUAAAAGUGGCUUAAAGUCUGUGAGUCCUCGAAGCAAAACUCUGGGAUUUAAAUUCGGAGGAAGUAUAUACUUGGAUGAUAUUCAUGGAAAUACAGAAGAUUAUGCUGAAAUUGUUGAAGAAGAAGGAGAUUAUUCUACUCCUAUAGUGAAGGAUUACGAAUUGAAGAGAACUGAUGUCAUUCUUGGUGAAAUAAUUGGAGAAGGUCAAUUUGGAGAUGUUCACAAAGGGACAUACAUUUCUAAAGAUGGCCAAACAUUAGCCGUCGCUGUAAAAACUUGUAAAGUAGAGAGUGAAGAAUCAAUGGGCGAAAAAUUUCUCGAAGAAGCAUAUAUAAUGCAGCAGUUUGAUCAUCGGCAUAUAAUUCGAUUGAUUGGGAUAUGUUCUGAUUCACCCAUUUGGAUUGUGAUGGAAUUAGCAAAGCAUGGUGAAAUGAGAGCAUAUCUGCAAAACAACAGGAAUCAAUUAGAUUUAGCUACAUUAAUACUGUAUGCAUUUCAACUCAGCACUGCUUUAUCAUAUUUGGAGAGUAGGAAAUUUGUUCAUAGAGAUAUUGCUGCACGAAAUGUGUUGGUUUCGUCUCACGAUUGUGUGAAAUUAGGAGAUUUUGGUUUAUCCCGUUGGGUUGAAGAUCAACAUUACUACAAAGCAUCAAAAGGCAAACUCCCAAUAAAGUGGAUGGCCCCAGAAUCUAUAAAUUUUCGUCGCUUCACUACAGCAAGUGAUGUAUGGAUGUUUGGUGUUUGUAUUUGGGAAAUUCUUAUGUAUGGUGUGAAGCCUUUCCAAGGAGUGAAGAAUAAUGAUGUUAUUGGAAGAAUUGAGAAUGGUGAGCGUUUGCCAUUGCCUCCAAACUGCCCACCUCAUUUAUAUAAUCUUAUGUCUUUAUGCUGGUCUUAUGAACCAUCAAAAAGGCCAAGUUUCAAAGAAAUUAGAAGAGUUUUAGGUGAAAUACUUGAAGAUGAACGGAGACAGCAGCAGGAAGUAAUGAAAAGGGAGAAUCGGCGAAUUCAGGCAAUGUCUUGGGGUUCUUCUGGUUCUGAUGAACCACCACCAAAACCUUCUCGACUACCAGUUGAUCGUUUCAGUACAAGUUCACCCCCAACAGUAAAUAAUAAUCUAGUCCAUUCAGCAUUUCACUUGGGUCAUACAGAAAGACUUUAUAUGGAAUCAAAUGAAGAGCCUUCAAACAUGCCUUCGUGGAAAUCAGCUAAUUCUGUAAAUAUGGAUUGCAAUAAAGAUGUAAAUGAAGGGAAACUGGAAAAGAAAAUUUUGGAGAUGAAACUUCAACAGCAACAGCGCGAGUCAGAAGAAGAUUCUAAAUGGUUGGCUGAAAAAGAAAGCCUUUUUACACCUAUUGCACAUUCCAAGAAAAGACUUUCCUGCUCUGAUCGCUCGUAUUCAGACAGUGACUGUGCUGAAACAGGAGGAAUACCUAGAGCCCUAAAUGCAAAUUCUGCUAGCUCAAAAAAUUCGCCAUCUAAUGAAUCUAAUGGUUUCUUAGAGAAUUCUCAAAUAUCAUCAAAUGUUCCCACGGCAGAAUUAGAUCGCACUGGAGAUACUGUUUAUGAAAAUACUACUAAUGUUGUUAAAGCAGUAAUGAGCUUGUCUCAAGGUGUCCAACAAGGAAGAGUAGAUGAUUAUUUAGAACUUGUGAAGCAAGUUGGUGUUCAUUUACGUAAUUUACUGGCUGCUGUUGAUGUAAUAGUUUCAGAUUUUCCUCUAUGGUCACGUAGAGAAGUACAAAUGGCACAUAAGGUACUAAGUAAAGAUAUGGCUUCAUUAGUUGAGUCCAUGCAGCAAGCUCUGAAGUAUGCCAAAACCACCCUUGAUGGGGAAUAUCGUAAAGGAAUGCUUUCUGCUGCACAUGUUCUAGCCAUGGAUGCAAAACAUUUGCUUGAUGCUGUCGACUCUGUAAAAAUUCGUUUGAUGGCGACUAAUGAACAGAAUUCAGAUAAAAAACUUUCACAAUCUCUUAAAAAGCAGUCUUCUAAUCCUACUUCAAGACCUUUAAGUUGUGUAGCUUUUCCAAGCUCUGCUUUAUCUAAUGCAUCUCAGUCCUCAGGUCAAGGUACUCAAUCAAGACAACCGAGUAGUUUUUUAUCUUUUGAAUCAACUGAUGAUUCUAGGUUAUCGCUUUCAUCCAAAGUAUUUGCUGAUGAUACUAAUGACAGUGGUUAUGAUAUAACAUAAAAUUAAAAAUGCUUUUUAGUAAUUAACUAUUCCAUAUUAUUUUAGAUUUGUUUUUAUUUCAUAGUAUUAACAUUCAUCUUGUACAGAUUCAUUAACCGACUAUGGAACAAUAAUUUUCAUUCAUUGAUUCAUCAUGUAUUGAAAUUGAAUUUCCUCAUCAUUAAAAGACAUUUGAAUAGUUUCAUUGCUUCUAUUGUUGAAGUGUGUAUUUUUAAGUUUGAAUAAUUUCUUGAUGCUUAGCUAAUAUAAAAAAUUGUAUUUAACUGUAUAAAUUUUGAGAUUUUAAACUUCCAUUGAAAUAUAAAAUCUUCCCAUAGCAUCAGUGUUAUUUGUUUCAAUCAAUGAAUUUGAGUUUUUUAUGACUUGAGUAUUAGUUUGUGAUUUUUUCCCCCCUAAGGUUGUGAGUUGAAUCUUGUUAUUUCACUGAAAAAGUUUGAUGCUUAUUUGUGAAAAAAAAUAUAUAUAUUCUUAAGCAAUAAAACAUAAAUGAAUUGCAUUUUGAUAUUGUUGCUUGGAAUAAAAUAUGGGUCACAGAUUAACUUCCAGAUUAGAUUUUUAAAAAAUUUCCCUGUUAUUGAAUAUAUGUUUGCUGUCAUUGCAAUGCUAACCUAUUAUAGUUACUGAAUUGAGAAUUUAACUUUCUAAAUGUUCCAGAAGAAAAGUGUGAAGAAAAUCUAUGCUUACCUCGUUUUCGUCUAUAAAUGAAAUUUACAUAUUAAUUGGAAAGUAUUUCUUUAGAAGAAAGUAGGCAUGUUUAAUGGAAUUAUUAUAUAAAUAUAUAUCCUACAAUUUAAUCAAUAGUUAUAUAUAAAUAAUUUUGAAUUUUUUAAUUUAAAAUAAGAGUCGAUAGUUUUUGUUCUGAAGUUGAACAUUUUAAUGUAUUUCAAAUUGUAAAAUUAUUAAUUGUAAUUUGAUUAAAAAACUCCACAUAAAUCAUAAUUUUUUUAGAUAAUAUGCUACAGUUUUGUAAACUUCCUUCUGUGUUAAUUGGAAUUGGGUGGCAGGAAUUCGGUUUCGGAGCUAAAUGAUCGCAGAUUCAUCACCCAAUUCCACUGAACUGGAACAUUUAUGUCUGGUUAAAUCCGGUAUAGUAUAUGAAGCGUCAAGGAAUAGAGAAGGGGAGGGGGGUGAAUGCAGAAUACAGGUACGUUACGUGCGCCAUCCUUUCGAACCACGAUUUAGAGACAUAGCAUUCAUUCUUAAUACCCUUAUGUAGUUUCAAAAUGGACUGUUAAUAAAAUGAAAUCAUUUCAUCUUUAAGUUAGACUUUUUACAUUCCCUUCGAUUUAUUGUUUGAAAUUUUCUAGAUAUCCUUUUCGAAGAAAAUAAAUCAUGUUUUCAUUUAGCUCAUUUGGAUUUUUAUUCAAAUGUUUUAGAUGUAAUUAUUCAUGUGUGUAGUAUGUUCUGCAAGAGUGUUAACAUUGAACUUGAUAUCUUUCAUGAUAAAUUUCGUGUUAUUUUACCGCCUUGGUUUUAUUUUUGAAGUCGGUCCUCUUAUUUAUCAUUUGUGUACAACAGUAUAGAUGAUGCAAUUGGUUAAAUGAAAUAUGAUUGAGUGGUUUCAUUUUUUGUAUAGAAAUUUCAAUGUAUUGUUUUGUUGUACAUUGUGUCAUUUAACUUUCUUGAAAUGCUUAACUUUUUAAACAAAAUCGAUUAUAGUGUAUUUAUAAUAUACUUAGCUUUCAUACAGAUGUUCAUUUUGGGAUAGAAUGACAUAUGAAUAAUUUGAUAUGAAAUGAAUAACUUAUAUACCAGAUUUCUGCUUAAAAAUAGUGAUUUUAUAAUGCUUUCUUUGUUGAAAUAAUGCUGAAAAAAUAGUAAUGUCGUUUUAUUAGAUGUUUUAGUUUUUAUUCUCAUUUUUUCCUUUUAAUAUUGAAGUUAAGAAAACUGGAGUAUUUGUCGAAAUAUUUUACUGAACUGUUUUUUCCUUUCAUUUAUUCAGUGUUCAAGUGAAAAGAAAUCACCUUGUUGUUAUUAAAUAUUGAAUGGUAAAGUAGAAGAUAUACCUGCCUUUUACUUAUGUUUAGAUAAGAUCAAAAAGGUGUCUCUCGUACCAUUUUGUUCAGUUGGAUUUAAAGGUACUUUUGAAAAUAUUUUUUACAUUGCUCCAGAUACAUUUGUGGACCAAUUUCGUAUUUCAUAAAAUAUUUAAACGAAAUUGUUCACCAAUGAAUUAAAUUUCAUGUCUUUCUGAAAAUGAAUAGUUAUUUAUUGGCUGAAUGCUUGUAAUUUAAGAAAACAAAACAGCGUCUGGAAAUCGAUGAUUAUUUUUCCUUAAAGAUUUAAAUGUUUUCAAUUUUUUAGCUACUGUCUUGUUUAAACUUUAUUUAUUUGACUUCGUUUAAUGCUGAAAUUUGCAUUGUGUUGUUUUACACAAAUAGAAUAGUUACCAAUUAGAAUCAUGUAGUAUAUUGCAUAUCUACUUAGCAGAUGGAUAUUUACAAGAUAUGUGGUAUUCUUAAAUAUUGGUUAUGUAAAAUUACUUUCGGCAUCGUUGAAACUGUUUUAUGCUUACAAAAACUAAUUUUCAUAUGGUUAAGGUAUUGGAUUAAGACAUUUUGCAAAACCGUUUCCAAGAUCUUUGCUAUUUGAAGAAUAUGUGCAACUUUUAAAAAAAUCUUCCUCAAAUAUUUGCAUUAUUUCUGAAAAGCUUGCCAUUGUCAAUAUUUGCUCUAGUCAAUAUAUCACUUAUUCUUAUGUAGAUUUCAUGAGUUUUUGAAACUGUCGGCAUCAUUCGAAUUCCAGCAAUACGAGCCAAAACUUUCUCUUAUCCUAUGUAAAAAUGAGUUGUGAAAAAUAAAUCUGUCAUUAUCCAUGUAAAAGGAAAAUCGCUAUUUUUAAUUUUCUGACCCACACCUUCCCAAAGUAAUAAAUGUCUGAUGUUUUAAAUACUGUACUAUUCAUUACGUUGAUGUAUUUAUAUUAUAAAUGUACAUGUAAUUAAAACUUACUUUCCUCUGUAGUAUAAAUUUACUUAUCUCCUUUGGUGCUAACUCAAUGCUACCCUUAAAAUGUAUGCUCAUCUCAGAUUAAUUUAGAAAUUAUUUAUACAUUUUCCUAUAUAGAAUAUUUUUCUAAUUCUCAAAGUUACUUUAUUUUUAUACAAAAUAAUUAAGUCUUUUUAAUUAUUGAAAACAAAAUUUUAAUGCAAUUUUUUUUUUCUAUUAUAAUUAUCUGCUAUGCACAGGAAUUGUAAAUCUGGCUUUAAUAAACUUCAUUUUUGCUGUAAUUAAAAUUUUAAGUUAUUUAAAAUUAAUAAUUUUAUGUGUUUUUAUUUAUUAGCUUUAACCAUCAGUUUUUAUGUUUAAAAGUUAUUUUGGUUAUAAUUCUGGUAUUUUCUAAAACGCUAAAUUGAAUUUUGUUGCUAAAAAUAUAACCUUUAAGUUUAAAUCUUUUUAAAUUGAAACAAACGUACAAGAUAUUAUAAAUUUUUAAAAAAUUCCAUUUUAUAAAAAAAAUUAUAUAUAUUUUCGAAGUAUUGCUGCAGACUUUUUUAAUGAAUGAACUUUUAGAAUUAUCUUCCAAUGCUUGCGUCAUUGACUUUAUUGGAUUUUCAUGAAGUUUAUUAAAUAUUUACAAUUUCUGCAUAUAAAGUGCCAUUUUACAAGAGAAUCUUGUCUUCCUCAAAGUUAUUGAUAUCAAUGUGUUUGUAACAGUGCAAUAUUUGAUAUAUUUUGGUAUUGCAGUUAUUUCAGUGCUGUAAAACUAAUGAUAUGGUUUUGCUUCACAGAAUUACUAUUUUCGUAAGCAUUUAAUUAAUAAAUGUUUGUUAUGAAUACUUGAAUGAAAUUAUAGAGAAAUAAUGAAGGAUUAUUAUUUUUUCUGUAUAAACUGUGCCUUAAAAGUGCUAGUUAUAAUAAAGAGGUAAAUAAUAUUUGUUAAAUCUGUUAUUACUAUAUUAAAUUAGAUAAUUAUAAUUUUUUAUGUUCGAAGCAUUGAAAAGUUUUUUUAAAUAUCUUUAAUUGCUAUGCUCAAAAACAGUUAAUAAAAUAUCUUUACUCACCUCUUUCUUAUUUGUUUGUUAUACAGGUUUGUACUUGCACAUUCUUGUAUUUGCGAACUAAAAUUAGAAAGAGAGUAAAAUGUUUUAAUCAUGUAUAAUAAAGUUUGAUACUUUGUAAUUUUAAAGAAAUAUGACAAUUAGAUAACAAUUUAAUGAUUAAUAUGAUAAAGAUUGAGAUAUUUCUAUUUGUUCUUAAAAUGGAUUUUCAUCUACAUUGUUGAUCAAAAAUUGGCAAUCAAAAUUCACAAAAUUCAAGUAGAUUAGAAAUUAAACUGUACGACUACAUUUUUGAGCUUGGUACAAAAUUGAGAUACAGAUAGCUUUUCUUUUCAUAAGUAUAGUAUGAAAAAUGUAUUGUUUUCUUCAUUGUGCUUCACAAAUUUGCUCAACAUUUUUUUCUACAUUUCAGAAGAUUUUUAACUUGUUGCUUUUUGUUUAUUAUGUGUUGUCUUCUAUAGACUCUCUUACUUAUAUUUUUAUUAAAACUCUCUUUUUCCUUAUUUGCUUCGUCAAUGUGUGACACGCCCUAAUAAAAAUGAUUUGUAACUAACUUUUAAAAACGUUAUGUAGUUUAUUCUCUGAAAGUUUUAAUAAAAUGUUAUGUGAUAAUGAUGUGAAAGUAAAACUGCAAAGAUGCCUUUUGUGCCUGAUGUAAUGACGUAAUCUUGAAUCUGCCUCAUUUAUUGAAAAAAUCUAGUCGGGACUUUUUUUCUCUGCUUAGGUUACAAAUUGUAUUUUGAAUAGUUGUACAUUAUUUUUUUUAAAAAAUGCUCUAAUGUUCAUAAUUCUUGUUAAAUGGCUGUUUGCCACUGUAUUCACAUAUUUUGUAUGUCUUUUCGGAGUAGAUUAAAUUUUUAGUCGAAAUU